UGAAGGGUCCGCUUAGAUCGUCAGAUCCUAGGACGACGAAUAGCACACCGCUUCAAGAAAAGGUGUGGAACUUGGCGACUGACCAGAGGACUCCCAGAAUGCAUCGAGAGGAUUUAAAAGAAAACAUGCCAACUCCCGUAAAAAAAAUUAUGUUCCCUCCCCGCUCAACCCAAGUGACACCCUUAAUAUCAAAAACUCAGGAGACCCUCAUAUCUAAGAUGAAUUCAGAUGGCAACAUAUCAGAAAAAGCAGUUAGCCCUGGCCUUACAAAGUUAAGAAUGACACCAGGUCCAACUUUACAAGAAAAGCAGAAACGUCUCAAUGAAAAGCACCAGAAGGCCAAGGAAUCCUUAGAUAAGCUUGCUGUUGGAGGAGGGGUCAGCCUUUGGCCGGAAAUGGACAGAAUGAGGUUGACUAUUGAUGAAGGACUUAUUCUUUUUUUGUUCUGCUUGCUUACAUGUUCUGCUGUGUAUCUGGUCUUUAAAUAUUUACAUGGUCCUUUGCUGCUGAGUCUGCAUCACUACACUUUUAAAGUGAGAAGUUUUUUUGCACGUCAUUCUGUGAUAAGAACUUCUCAGCCUGCACUAAAUGACUCUGUAAUGAGGUGGCAUAAGGAGUUCUGGAAGUUACUGGAUAAUAUUCAAACACAAUUUGAAACUCAUCUUCACCAAGCUCAUGCAACAUACAUUCUGUAUUUAAUUCUGUAUGUUUGUGCUGUCUGUACACUUCUGUAUUACCUGGCUGACAACAUGAUCCAGAAGAGUAAGCUCACACCACGCAGAAUAAAAAUCUGGGUUUUACUACUGGUCGCUACUGCAUCUUGGACUGUGCUCAUGUUACAAUUACUAAUUUUUUCACAAAAUUUAGAACGUGCUGUAGAGUCCACAGUUCGCAGAUUUCUGGAGGAGCUGGAUAAUAUUCAAACACAAUUUGAAACUCAUCUUCACCAAGCUCAUGCAACAUACAUUCUGUAUUUAAUUCUGUAUGUUUGUGCUGUCUGUACACUUCUGUAUUACCUGGCUGACAACAUGAUCCAGAAGAGUAAGCUCACACCACGCAGAAUAAAAAUCUGGGUUUUACUACUGGUCGCUACUGCAUCUUGGACUGUGCUCAUGUUACAAUUACUAAUUUUUCACAAAAUUUAGAACGUGCUGUAGAGUCCACAGUUCGCAGAUUUCUGGAGGAGCUGGCUGAGCUAGCAGUUCUUGAUUUUGACCUUCAAAAAUAUCAUAAUGUUGCUACCUAUUGGAAAAUUCGCUGCCUUCCUCCAACUACUCAAGGAACUUUGAGCAUCUUUGGCAUUGUGCCUAUCAAGGAUGUUUCUUUUUACCUUCAGUACUACAGUGUGCCUGUGCUGACAGCUCUUUGCACUCCUGUUUUGAGACUUAUUCUAGCAAUGAAGGAAAUGUAUAUGGGACCGUGUUUAAACAAACUUAAAUGACCACACUAGAGUAUUUUAUUUGGUAACCUCGUAUGGCAAAUAUUUAUACCAAAACCAAAAGAUUUUUUUAGUGUUUGAUUAUGAAUGGUAAAGAAAAGUUAGAAAAAUCUUUUGGUUAGGAUAUAUUUUAUAUCUAUCUACAUUUGUGCAUACAUGGCCUCUGAGGAAAAAGGUUAACUAAUUUCUAAUUUGUAUGUUUGGAACUUAGCAUUGAGCAUAUGCUCAGUCACAUUGGCUGCUGGUUUUUAAUCUUAUUAAAAUGCUACUUUUCUCUAAAAUUGUUGUUAAACAAACUUUGUGCAGGCCAUUUUUGACUUAAUCAAAGCAGCAUUUGUGAACAAUUUCAACGGGUUUUUAAUUGCAUUUUAUGGACUAAGCAUGAUAUGUUGUAUAGUGAGUAUUAGGACACUUAGCAUACACAUUGUCCAAGAGUGAUGUCAUUUUAGAUAUAUUUUGCACAGUGACUCCUUUUGGCAUCUUUAUUUCAACCAAUUUUUUUUUCAAAGAUUUUAAAUAUAUAGGAGAAGCAUAAGUCUAUGUGUUUAAGUAUAUUCUCAUUUUAAAUGUGCUCGUUCUCUUUGAUAUGCUUAUUUUUUUUUUCCUUUCCUGUCUUUUUGUAUUCCAUCUUUUAUCAAUAUGUAGUCAGUCUUGUUUAUAUGUUGACUAUUUAUCUGUUAAAUCUUAAUAUUUGUUGACCUCUUCUCCAAGGGGGAAAAUGAAUGAAAAGCUGAAACUGUGUUUAAAUUUUAAACAUUUAUUCAUUAGUAGAGACUUUCUCCCCCCUAAAAUGUAUAUAAAUCUUUUGUGCACUUUUUUGGUAAUUUGAAUGUAUGUGCAAGCAACCCAAUAAACUGGACAGAACACUUACCCUUGACCUAGGAUAGUAACAUUUGGAUGUUUACUUCUUUUUUAUUUUUUUGCUCUUUUACUUUAACUGUGUGGCUUUGAAUAAAGCUGAACACUAAGCUUGCAUUACUGAAGAACAGACAGGUUAGCUUACAUGUGCACUUCUUCACUGUUAACGGGAAUGUAUAAUUUAACUGAAACUAUAACAGCAGGUACAUUGCUAGCCAUUUGCACAAGUUUGUAAAUGUAUUUCAGUUUUGCAAGCUUUCUAAAUGUUCAAAUAAGUGAAAUGAAUCUGUUUUCAUUUUAAAUAUGUUUUGCUUUUUUUAUUCAUCAAGAAUGUGUGUUAAGCAUUUCUGUGAUACAACUGGACUAAUUUUUUGUUUUUGCCUCUAUUUGAUUGCAGAAUGCAAUUUAAAGUGACUUCACCAUCUAAUAAAAGGGUGAUAUAUAUUUUAA